CGCACAGCGAGCGGCAGUCUAUUUUCGGAGCCUAGGCUGUGACCGGAGCACUGACCAAGAAUAUGGAAUCGGAAAACACAGAAGCUGAAAAUAUGGAAACAGAAAAUUUGGAAGCAAAAGGCAUAGAAGCUAAAAAUAUGAAGAUUAAGACAUUGCCUUCUGUCUCAGACCUGAAAGCACUUUCCAGUCUACUGUAUCCUGAGGAAGAGGAUGAUUUGGAUGCUGGACAGGAACAACUCUCACCUGCUAUUGGAACCAUGAGCCCUGGGAAUAUUGGGCCACCUAAAGCCAAAGAGCCCAAAGCCAUCCCUAAAUCCAGUGGUAAUGAAAGUGAGAAUAUCUGGAAUCCAGACGAAGUUCCGGAAGGAGCAGAGCAUGAUGAUAUAUGGGAUGUUCGAGAAAUCCCAGAUUAUGAGAUUGUAUUCCAACAAACUGUGGGAACUGAGGACAUAUACCUUGGACUAACAAGAAAGGAUCCUUCAACAGCAUGCUGUCAGGAGCUGGUGGUGAAAAUUAAACUGCCCGAUACAAACCCUUCUGAAAUUCAAAUUGAUAUCCAAGAAACUCUCCUUGAUCUUCGCACUCCUAAAAAGAAGCUGAUAGUAAACUUCCCCCGGCCCGUGGAACGUAACAGCGCUAAAGCAUCCUAUAUCCAGGAAGCUGAAACACUUGAAGUCAGGAUGACUCUGCAAAGAGACUUUGAUUUCGAUCUUUCCUGAAACUGUAUGAAUAAAGAAAAGAAAAGGGAAAAACACAUGACAAUGAAACAGGUUUUCUUUAAACUUUGAAUGUUGGUUAUGUCCUCUUUUGUUUUCUGACAUAUUUUAGAAAGGUCCAGAACUUUAGUGGUGUUUUGAUCUGUUACAGUCACUUCUGUUACUCUUAGGAAACAUGGUUCUCUCAUACAAUAGGGUGCUGCUCCAUUUUUAUAGUGAGAGAUGAAUAAGAUAUUUACAGGUUAUCCAACAAGAUUACAUUAUCAAUUGCAAAUGCAACUAUGACCAUAAAAUAGGUGAUUCACUUAAAUCAACAGUCUGAAGAUCUAGUUCAUUACACUCUGAUAGAACCUGCU